AUGUGGGUCUGCCAAGACUGCGGCAUCGAGGGAGAAUUCUCCACCCCUGAUGCGAACAAGUGCGACUGGGGUGAAGAAACUUCUCCUUUCUCUACAGCUCUUGUCAUGCCCUCCAUGCAGAUUCCGAUCAGAGCCAAAGUCGAGCAAUGGCCACUCUACGGGAUCAAGAAAUGCUGCAACUGUGCGCGCGAGAGUGACUGGGAUGUUUUGGAGAGGAGAAGGGAGGAGAGCCUGCGGAAAGAGGCGGAGAAGAAGAGGAGAGAGAGAGUCUUUGGCAAGAGGAAGCUGCUGAUGAACGAGAAGGAGGAGGGAGGGAAGUCGACGAAAGAGAAUGUCGGGCAGGGGAUGAUGGCGGAGAAAUUCUUCGAACUGAGCAUCGAAGACGUGCCCUUGCAUCAGGGAGGAGGAGAGGAGGAGGAGGAGGAGGAGGAGGAAGUGAAGUUGGAGGAGAGGUCAGGAUCUACGAGGGUCGGCAAUGGGAUGAACCGAUUCCUCUCCCUUACGUCCUCUCGGCUCCCUCGGAAUCUCAACCUCCGUCCCAAGUCCUCCCCCGUCCUCUCCCCUCCUCAAGGUCUUGUCUCCUCCUCUGACCUCUGCAUCCUCGAAUGCCUCAACAACGAUGAGGAUAUGGACGUCUUUCUGUGCACAGUCCUGGGGGUCAAGGGCGUACUCAAGCGCUACAAGCAGAGGACAGCGGCAAGGCUGAAGAAGCAGUUCGCCUGCUGGAAGCGCCUGCACCACCCCAAUGUUGUUGGGCUGAUCGCCGAGUUGUGGUCGACUAGGAUGGAGGUAUCCCCGCCGGACAACCCGACACAAUAUCUGUCCAAGGAGGUCUACCCCGUCGUAGAGAAAGGUCCGGGAGGAGGAGACUGUGCCGGGAAGCUGAGACGCGCGAAGGCGAGAGAUUGCAAAGAUCGUCCGAUCAGUUGGCUGGCGAGAUACUUGAAGGAUCGGAACGUUCAGAACACUGCCGCAAGAUACGAGCAGAGGGUGAAAGAAAGCUUCGAUAUGGCAUCAAGAGAAACGCAAGACUUUGUAACCUACCUAGACAACACAGUGGCAGCUGUGAGAUUGCUGUUAUGGCCCUGUACAUGCUACAUUGCUCAGAAACAGAUCGAAAUCCAAAAAGUUGAAAAACCAAAAAAUGAGAACGAGGAAAUGAAAGAAGGGGAGGAGGGAGAGGGAGAGGGAGAGGGAGAGAAAGCCGGGGCCGGGGAGGAGGAGGCGAAGGAGGAGGAAGGGAACGAAGAGUCGAAUGGAGAGAAAGGAGAGGAGGAGGAGGAAGGAGGGGGAGGAAUGAAGAAGGUGGAGGAGGAAGAGGAGGUGAUCGAGAUCAAGUGGCUCAGGUGGGUCAGCACGUCCCACCCUUGCAAGGACACCAUCGAGGGCUUUGCCCUCAAGUACGAGGAGGAGGGUAUGCUUGGCCCUGUCUUGAACCAUCGAACAAUCGUGUUCGUCCCCGACGUCAACCUUGAGACCAGAGCCCUGCCAUGGGAGGAGGAGGAGGAGGAGGAGGCGCGGGAGGAUCAGGAGAGUUUCUCUUCCUUAGCAACGGGGAAGAAAGAAGAUACAGAGAAAGAAACUCGUUCGAUGAGAGUCAUGAGGAGGAUUGCCUGUGAGAACAGAAGACCUCGCUUUCAGACUUCAAACUUCUCCAUCAGCAGACUCAUCCACUGGUGCUGGCUCGACGACCCAUGCUCUCGCCCGACCUCGCAGGAGCUUCUCCGCGUCCUCGAGCAAGGACUUUUCCCUGAGCCUCUUCACGCCAUCGCUGAGGCUGGACCCUUCGUACAUGCCUGCGAGUUUGGUCUUGUCGAGUCACAAAAUCAGAAGCUGAUCGCGUGA